AUGUUUCUUGGUACACUCCUCCGCGACCUCGCUACCUUCAACCCUGCCGUCACCAUCACCACCCAAUGGCAACAACCCCACGCUAGCCGUCCCCAACGUCCCAAUGACCGCCCUAUCUGGGCUCACCUCACCCCAGCUCUCAGCACUACCCUCAUCUCCAUCAACCGCUCCCACGCCAACAAAGUCCGGUGGGUCGGUGAUAUUUCCAAUGAAAAGGGCACGAUGCUGCUCAGCCUUCCAUCCCUAUGCACCAAACACGGCUGGAACCGCGCAACACUCCAACGCUUCACCCCCAUCUGGGAUGCCAUCCCCACAGUCACACCACACAACCCACCCCCUCUACUCCGGCAACAGACUAUCCAAUGGGGUUCUCAAUAUUCCGGCCAGCCACUAUCUCUCUCCCCUCUGCCGACUCCACCACGGCCCCAUCUUCCAUACCUGGAACAACCCCUAGGCCGCACGUUCUUCACACCCUCCCGCAGCGUCGAAGCCAUCCAUGUACCACUACAUGCUAUGCUUAUCGUCCCCCACCACCUUAUACAUUGGGACGGCCGACCCGACACACUCAGCUACCGCAUCGGCCGACGUACCAGUCUCCAAACUCGACAUACUCCCGCCGGCCCAGAAAUCGCAGUCACCUUCUGGCAUGAGCUCCGAAAGGGAACGGACAUCUGGUACUCACCCACACCACGGGAAGCCCGUAGUCGACUCCGCCUAGUCCCCAUUGCAGGGUGCGCGAUCCUCACUGGCGACCUCCUCCGCACCAGCAGCACCCAACGCCACAAGUUCAUCCCAUGGACCGACACGACGUGGACACAUCCGGACACGCACCACACACACCGCGGCAACAACAACCGCGCUCUUAUUGCCUCCACCGCUAUGCACAGAGCAGACCAGGCCCAGCUCCCACCCGCACACCACACUCCCCCACACGCCACAUGCCUGUUCUGCCUGCCACCGCAUAGCGGACACUACUGUCUGUAUGGACUGCGGGCAAUGGCACCAUCCUGCCUGCAUACCACAUUGUCAGGUGGCCCUACGCCACUCCACCCUUACGUACGGCCUCCACACCCUCCCCCUUCGUGCCGUACCGUCACAACCAAGGAAAACCGUCAGCCCAUGGCACAUGGAGCUUCCUGGGCAGAGAUGGCACUACCCUUACUGGGUAUAUUCGGAUACACCCAGACCACAUCCCCCACACGAUGCGAAGUCCUCAGCCUCCUGGCAAGUUUGCACCACUCUGGCGACACAGCGCUUCAAAUCUAUGACAACACCACGGCCAUCGGUCUUGUUAUCCUGGUCAGGUCCCUCAAACGCCGAGGGGGCCAACCCCGCUAUAGCAACAUCCACCGAGUGGAACUCCGCUCGCUCAUGGCCUUACUCAACCCAGAGGGCACGUUUGCUGGCGACUGGAUCCGCGCCCACCAAGACAGCACAAGCACUCCGGACUCAGUCCUACGUGCUAAACAAGCCCUGCUUGCGGAAGCCGACUCGUUGGCCACACUAGCACACCAAUUACUCCCACACACCAACUAUGCCCACCUCAUCUUUCCCGACUCCUGGGAACUCCGAGACCACCAGGACCACCCUGUCACAGGUGCAACGGCCCCCUGGCUUGGCGCCAUCUACAGUCGGCAUAACUGGCACGCAGCACAGGCCAGAAAACCGGACGCCCGCCGCACCAUCCAGCCCCUCCGACUCAACACCGGAGAAUUAUGCAAAUGGGACCUCCCCGCCCUCUCCUUCUACUGGCGGACUAUCUGCUACACCCUCCACACUAACGAACACCGCUUCGGACUCACGCACCCGCAAUGCCCCGCGGCGACUACGCUCACGCAAGAUCUCCUCAUUGCCACUCAAGCCGUCAUACCCAAAGCAUGGCUCCCAGACCAAGACAUCUACCUCCCCGGCCACUGCACUGCUAGCGCGAGUACCUUCACUGGACUCACACGUCCCCAAUGGCAGACACGCAGUCGAAAACCCUCCCCCAACUCGGGACACUGCAUGCUACCUAUCUCCUCAAAACGCUGUGUACUCGCCCUCCACAUGCAACGUCUCCUCGGACCCCCCCGACCGACGACGCUCGCACUCGAUGCCACCCAACUACACUGGGAGUCUACACAAUGCCGUACGCCGGGCGGCCUCCUACCCCGAUGGCUCUACCACACAGCCCUUCGCUGUGUACCCCUCCUGGCACCCCGUGACUUCUGGUUCAGUCAGUGGAUGGGUGGCCCCAAUGGAGCUACAUUCCAAGGACCGCUCGGCGCCUCCCCUCUUUGUACCAUCCCCCGGCCCCCUACAUACAACCACUGGUGGAUCGAUGCGACUCACCACCCCUUCUCCACCACCUGGUGGCGCCAACUAUGCACAGAAAUACGGACAGCCACCACCAGCCACAUGCAAACCGCACACUGGUUCGUGGUUCCAGAAGGCUCCCCGGGCCAUACCCAGGCAAACAGCCUCCAGAUUACAUGGCUCCUCACCAUACCCACGGGCCAGAUCACAAUACGCAACCCCUCCUCCAUCCACCACGUCUCUACCCCCCAAUGGGGCAAGAUCACCUCUAGCAACCCUACUGAUGCACUCAGACCCCUCGAUGCUACCCACUGGCUCCAUCGCCCCCCACCCAUCAUACUUAGCACCACACCUGCGGACGCCAGCACGACCAACCCCAAGAUCCUCACAGCUCCCAUUCACUACCUCCAGUGGGCCCAGCUCAACAUCCCGGCUUUCGACCAAUACGCACAUAACACACGCAGCUACCUCGAGGCUACGUACCCCAUCAUAUACCUUGCGUCCUCGGGCUGGAAACAAUUCCCCACCAUGACGACAUCCACACGGGACUGGGCAUCUACCAUCACGCACCUACACGCACCGCACUUCCACAAAGCAUGGUUCGCCGCGCACUGGGCUACCUUUUGCCAACACUGGAAAAUCCACAUGCACUACUAA